AUGUCACAGCCGACAUCACAAGCAUCUUGGCCGGUGGGCAUUCCUGAGAUCCGCCUGCAUCUAACAGAUUUGAACCCGGAAGAGCUCACGGAAGAGGCCAAGGGGUGGUUGCUAAUUCGUACGGGUAGGGAAGAAUCCCAGCCCACGUCAACCCCCGAACAUGGGCUGCGUCACCGGCGAGCCCUAAUUGAGGAAUGGGCCACCGCCAGCCAGGAGUUCCGCGAGUCCUACCAUAAUCGUGCCGCAGGAUACACCUCGGCUCUCGACUACCCGGCCAUGGUACUCUCGCAGCUCACUCCAAGAUCCAACAAACGCUUCUUGUGUCUGCCCCCCGUGGACCGGCAGACCCAUCCCCGCAACUACAUCCAUCUCGUGAGGUUCCUGAUCCUGCUGUACGUUCACCAAGACGAAUGGACCGGGCUACACCCCUUCGAUCUCCAUGGGGCGGGCGACGCUCCCGGCUGCCACAUCCCGGAGCUGCUUGGCCCAGGCUCAAACGCCGCCGCGCCUACCACAGCGCCUACCACUCUGAGCGAGAUCCUUCCCGCGCUGUACCUCGCCUCGGCCGAUUUUCACGCCCUCUCCAUGACCCGGGAUGGCACAGUGGUGUUCGCUGACGGGCCGGACCUCACAUGGUUCGUGAUCGAUGCGCCGGGGCUGGUUACGGGGCGCCUCACUCUGGUCGAGUUUGGCUCCAACGGCCAAGCCUGUGUCUCCACCCUCCGUCGACCCUGGAACAUGGGCCAAGCCAUGUCCUUUGAGCAGAUGCUGGGUAAGUAUCUCAGCGAAAUUGCCGAGUCGGGCAUCGGCGGCCCACCGCAGUAUAAUGAACCAUUGGAUAUGGACCUUCCCAUCCUCGAGCUCUUAGAGUCAACCAGACGAGCCAACAAGUUCCUCUACCCGGGUUAUGGAUCUCAGGACAUGUGGGUCCGCAUCAUCGAGCAGAGUGCGCCCGGAUAUCUGGAACUGGAGUCCCAAGGGAAAGAGGUAGAAUUCGAGCUGGAUGAUCUCCUAGUAAUCAAUCCUUGAUGCUUGUUGUUUCUGGUACGCACACAAGUUCGCUCCGUGGUUGGUGCGCUUCUCCUCAGUUUCGGUUAUGGUUUAAAACCCUACUUAUGCUCCGAGAGAUUCGAGCCAACAGAAUUGUGCAUUAUAUUACUACCCUCAAGGCAAAAAGAACAUCAUUCCCAAAUGGCUUUCUUCCC